GAGCGGCUUGGAACAAUGCCGGCGGAAGAGAACAGACUUCAGCUUGGGGUGAGAGGGCUGCCACGGUUAGAUUCUAAGUAGGCGGUAGCGACCAGAGGUGGAAGAGGGGACACGUGUAACAUCGGCCCCUUCUCUCCGCUCUCCUUUAUCCUCAGGGAUAGAAAGUAGCAGGGGUAGCCCGGGGGCCGGUGUAUGGCUACGGAGAUACGUUUUCCGGACUCCAUGCCCUGUCACAACCAGCAAGUGAAUUCUGCCUCUACACCAAGCCCCGAGCCACCGCGACUUGACGACUCAAUCCCGGACCAUGCUGGGGGAAACAGCGCCUCCAUGGCCAAGCUGGCUCUUUUCACAGGGCACACCCCUUCGACUGUUCCAGCUGAGCGGGACCACCAGGCCUGUGGCGGCGCCAGCCUCAACUCAGAGAGCAACGGUGGCAGUGGCAACUAUGACGCAGUAGCCGGCAACACCCUCCUAGGGGACUGCGAAGUGUCUCGGCAGAUGGGGGCGCAGCUUAAGUUACUGCCUAUGAAUGAUCAGAUCCGGGAGCUGCAGACUAUCAUCCGGGACAAGACAGCCAGUAGAGGGGACUUCAUGUUUUCUGCGGAUCGUUUGAUCAGACUUGUUGUGGAAGAGGGAUUGAAUCAGCUGCCGUAUAAAGAAUGCAUGGUAACCACUCCAACAGGGUACAAAUAUGAAGGAGUGAAAUUUGAGAAGGGAAACUGCGGGGUCAGCAUAAUGAGAAGUGGUGAGGCAAUGGAACAAGGUUUACGGGACUGCUGUAGAUCCAUAAGAAUUGGAAAGAUCCUGAUUCAGAGUGAUGAGGAGACACAAAGAGCCAAAGUAUAUUAUGCCAAGUUCCCCCCAGACAUUUACCGGAGAAAAGUCCUUCUGAUGUACCCAAUUCUGAGUACUGGAAAUACUGUAAUCGAAGCUGUAAAGGUUCUUAUAGAACAUGGAGUUCAACCCAGUGUUAUCAUCCUACUCAGUCUGUUCUCCACUCCUCAUGGUGCCAAAUCAAUCAUUCAGGAGUUUCCAGAGAUCACAAUUUUAACUACUGAAGUUCAUCCUGUUGCACCUACACAUUUUGGACAGAAAUACUUUGGAACAGACUAAGUUAUUGAAGAAAAAUGAAUCAUGUGUAAUAUUAUAGUUAUAUCUUGAGUGUCUGCUUGUUUUACUAAUUUACUAAGGAAUGGCAAAGAAAAUUGUGUUAGAGAUGCUUUUUAAUUUUGGAAAUGGGUAUGGUAAAAAGGAACUAUCUGAGGUUUCUUUAUUUUAUUUGAUUGGCACAAAAUUCAAUAAUGAGGCACAUACAACUCUUAGAAAAGAUGGAAAUUUUAAUAAUAUGCUAAUGUAAAUUGCUAGACCCUCAGUGCAUUGAAAUUGUUCCCUAAUCUGUGAACUGCUCAGUUUGGAGGUUGCUUACAGCCACAAAUAAAACCCAAAUGAGAGUCAGUUCUUUGGCCCACUAUAGGUUGUAUUUUGCUUUUAGCUCUAGAGAGAGUACAUGUAUGUGGCUGUUGCUACCUUUCUGUACUCUUUGCUUCCCAGUACUGAGGAGGAAAAUGCCUCCUUGAAUUUUAUAUUUCCUUUACUAUUCUAAUGCAAUUGGCAGACCCAGGAUGUAUGGUUAACUCUUCAGUCAUGCCAUUAUGUUCUUCAUGGCUCAUUUCCCAAACAGUGCCUUGCCAAGUUAUACUGCGAUAUAGAAGAUGGUGGGGCAUUUUCAGCAACUGAAACUGAAACACUGAUUGAACCAGGGAUGUCAGGAUGCUGAUAAGGGUGAGCUAAGCACUAUUAAUGUCAUCAAUCCUCUAGAAAGGAAUUGGUGGUUGAUUUUCUGAGGUGUGGGGGAAAGAGUAGUUUCUUUCUGGGUUUUAUGGCCAAUAAGUAAAUUAAAAUGCUGUUUUUUUUUUUUAAUUUUGAUAUUUCUACUAAAGGCCUUUAUUUGGAAAUUAGCGUUUUACAUAUUUGUCAACUGUAUAUUAUUAAAAUGGGAAAAAAUCAUGCUUUAAAAAAAAAAGAAUAUCCCUAGUAUUUGUGUCCAUAUUUAGACUUCAGAAAGGGAGCAAAACCACUUUAGAAAUCAGUGUUUGUGUCCUGAAGCCUGCUUUUAAAACCCUAAUCUUGUUUUAGUUUGAUAUUAAAACAUUUUAACAGUGGUAGCUGGUUGAUUAUUUGGUUAAUUAUAUUCUCAUAGACCCAUAAUUAGCUGACGUGGGCCUCUGUUCUUUCAGAGCAGAAGGCAAUGUCUCAGAAAGAACCAAAGCUUGAUAAAAGUGAGCAAAGAUUGGGGGAGAGGAGGAAAGCCUGUGUAGAAUGGGCUACAUUUUCUCUUUUGAACCUAGGAACACUAGGAGAAUUUUGCUAAAUUUUUCCCUUUAUUUUUGAAGACUGUCAUAUAAUCAAACUGAGGUUAAUUGAUUGGUUCUUCAUAUUCUAUCAUAUUAAAAUUCUUCCACUGCAAGUGUUGCUUUCAAGUUAUCAUUGAAAUUGUCAUCUAUACUUUUCAGUUAACUGUUUUGAUGCAAUGUAGAUUUUGUCUGCUUCUAAUUUGCAGAAGCUGUAACUAAAGCCCAUUGGAGCCAAACUAUUUAUCCUCUUGUCCCAGUAAACAUGUGAGCCAGCAAAAUUAAAUAGAGACAAGAUCUACUUUAGAUUAAUGCAUUGAAUUAGUUGGAAAAGUGAUAUCUGCUGUUCUGAGUUAGUUCUUAUGUUAGGACUUUAUUUGUUUGAAUUGACUUUCCAGAACAUCGGACACAUUCGUAUUCAAAUGUAGGUAUAACCACAUUUCAAGCAAUUUAUUUUUAUAUCUUCAACCAUGUUAUAUAUAACAUAUCUCUUUUCCUUUUAAUCAGGGAACAUGAUUGGUAGUUGAUUAAACUUGAUUCCACAUGGAGGGCCUACCAGGUGCAGUAGGAAUUAUUCACUGGGGUCAUAUUCCCCACUGGUGUUUGUCCUCCACCCCCCUUCAGAUUUCAAGAAAAAUUGUAACUACAUCUUUUGAAAUUCGAAUCUUUUUAGGAAAUGAGGCAUUGUUUGUAGGGCUAAUCAUCUGUAGAACUCUUUGGAUCUGGGAAAUUUUCUAAACUUGAGAUAAGAUUAACAGACCGUUCAAGACAAGAUUGUUUUUAAUGAAUGAUUAUUGAAGAAGAAAACCCUAACAAGAAAAAUGACACUCAAAUAGCAUAUACCAGUGAUUCUCAAAUUCAGUAUGCAUCAGAAUCACCUGGAGGGCCACAGAUGGCUGGGCCAUAACCUGAGUUUCUGAGUCAGCAGGUCUGGGGCAGGGCCUGAGAAUUUGCAUUUCUAGUAAGUUUCCAGGUGAUGCCGCUGCUGCUGGUCUGGGGACCACACUUUGAUUUCAAACAUUUCUUCAUUUCUGAUAAAAGUAUUUAGUGAUAUAAAUUUCUCUACAAAUACUGAUUUAGUUGUAUCCCACAAAUUUUGAUAUGUUGUGGUUUUCUUUCAAGUCAAAUGCUUUCUCAUAUAUUUCCUUUUUGGUUUCUUAUUUGAUCCAGAGUUAUUUACAAGUGUUAAUUUUCAAAUAUUUAGGAUUUUUCAGACUUCUUUCUGUUAUUGAUUCCUAAUUGAAUUCCAUUGUGAUCAGAGUAUAUACUUUUUAUCACUUGAAUCCUUUUGCAUUUAUUGAGACUUGCUUUAUGUCCCACAAUAUGGUCUCUCUUGGCAAAUAUUCUGUGGGCACUUGAAAAGUAUGUGUAUGCUGCUGUUGUUGGGUGGAGUGUUCUAUAAAUGUCAGUUAGGUGAAGUUGGUUGAUAGUAUAGUUAAGAUCUUCUAUUUCCUUACUGAUUUUCUGUCUACUUGUUCUAUUAGUUAUUGAAAGAGUGGUGUUGAAAUCUCUGACUAAAAUUGCAGAUUUGUCUGUUUUUCCUUUCAGUUCCAUCAGUUUUGUUUCAUGAACUUUGGAGCUCUGUUGUUAGGUGCAUGAACUUUUAGGAUUAUUGUAUCUUCAUGGUGGAUUGACCUUUUAUCAUUAUGCAAUGCCACCUUUUAUCCCUGAUAAUAUUAUUUGCUCCAACAUCUAGUUUGUCUGAUAUUAAUAUAGACAUUCUAGAUUUCUUUUGAAUAGUGUUAGCAUGCCAUAUCUUUUUCCUUCCUUUUAAUUUUAACCUGUUUGUAUUUUAUAUUUAAACUGGAUUUCUUUUUAGACAGCCUGAAGUUGGGUCUUGCUUUUUGUUUAUCCAUUUUGACAGCCUUUGACUUUUAAUUGGGGUGUUUAGACCAUUUCCAUUUAAUGUGAUUAUUGAUAUGAUUGGAAUUAAAUCUAUUAUCUUGCUGUUUGCUUCCUAUUUGUCCCAUUUGUUCUUUAUUCAAUUUUUCUUCUCUUUCUACCUUCUUUUGGAUUAUUAUCUAUGAUUCCAUCUUAUCUCUUGUUGGCUUAUUAGAUACAAUGCUUUGUUUUUUUUGUUGUGUCUUUAGGGUCUAUAGUAUACAUCUUUAACUUAUCACAGUCCACAUAUAAUAUACUUUCAUGUUCCCCUUCCCGGCCUUUGUGCUAUUAUUGUCAUAUAUUUUACUUCUGUAGAUGUUAUAAGCUCCACAAUACAUUGUUAUUAUUUUUGCCUUCAAAAGUUGUUUCUUAAAGAGAUGUAAAAAGAAAUAAGGAAAAAAUGUAUUUUUUAUUUACCCACUUACUUAACAUUUUUGGCGCUUUCCAUUUCUUUGUGUAGAUCCAUAUUUUCAUUUGGCAUUAUUUUCCUUCUGCCUGAAGUACUUUCUUUAAUAUUUCGUGUAUUGUAGUUCUCCUAGUGAUGAAUUCUUCCAGCUUUUGUGUGUCUGGAAAAGUCUUUAUUUCGCCUUCACUCUUGAAAGAUAUUUCACUGGUAUAGAAUUCUAGGUUGGCAGCUGUUUUUCUUUCAGCGCUUAAAAGAUUGCUUCCCUGUCUUCUUUUUUUUAAUUGCUUUGAUGAGAUGUCUGCUGUUAUUCUUCCAUUUACAUUUAAUGUAAUUAUUGCUAAGGUAGAAUUUGCAUCUGCCAUUUUGCUAUUUGUAUUCUAUAUGUCUGUCAUGGAUUGAAUUAUGUCCCCCCCCAAAAUGUAUCAUUAUGGUUAGGCCAUGAUUCCCGGUACUGUGUGGUUGUCCUCCAUUUUGUGAUUGUAAUUUUAUGUUAAAAGAUUAGGGUGGGAUUGUAACACCAUCCUCACUCAGGUCACCUCCCUAAUCCAACAUAAAGGAAGUUCCCUGGGGUGUGGCCUGUACCACCUUUUAUCUCUUGAGAGUUAAAAGGAAAGAGAAGCAAGUAGAGAGUUGGGGACCUCAUACCACCAAGAGAGCAGCACCAGGAGCAGAGCAUGUCCUCUGGACAUGGGGUCCCUGUACCUGAGAAGCUCCUCGGCCAGGGGAAGAUUGAGGACAAAGACUUUCCUUCAGCGCUGAUAGAGAAAGCCUUCCCCUGGAGCUGAUGCCCUGAAUUUCAACUUGUAACCUACUAGACUGUGAGCAAAUAAAAUUUUCUUUGUUAAAGCCAUCCACUUGUGGUAUUUGUGUUAUGGCAGCACUGGAUGACUAAGACAAUGUCUUAUGCCUUUUUUGUUCCUCUGUUCCUCCAUGACUGUCUUCUUUUCCAUUAAUUAGCUAUUUUCUAGUGUAUCUGUGUCAGAGGUACCCAAAGCCACCUCAGGACUCACAGUCAUUAUAUUCACUGUUAUGUUUUAUUACAGCAAAAGUAUACAAAGCAAAACCAGCAAAAGGAAAAGACACAUGGGGCAAAGUCUGGAGAAAACCAGUUACAAGCUUCCAAGAAGCCUCUCCCGGUGGAGUUGCAUAAAAAAAAAAAAAUGCAUAGGAUGCUCUUAAUUCCUCUAGCUGCAAAUUGUAGCACCACAAGUGAAGUGCUGUCUACCAGAGAAGUUCUCUUGAGCCUAAAAGUCCAGAGUUUUUAUUAGGGCUUGGUCACAUAGGAACACAGUAGCUGUAUCAUUUGUUACUGAAACUCCAGACCACCAGAAGGAAAGCAGGUAUUCACCCUAAACAUGUUGCUUAUGCAGACUAUGUAGACAAACUGGUACAGUAUGGUUCAAAGCUUUGAGCAUACAAAAAUACUUUUAUCAGUCAGAACAUUCUAAGAACUCAAUUCCCAGAAACAGACAAGGGCCAUUCAUAAAAACAGACCCUGCUGGGGAUAUGCAAGGUUUGAGCAACUCAGACUUGCUGAGUUAACUCUUUCCUGCACAGUCCACCCUCCUGGUUCUUGGUGCAGGCUCUGUUACAGGAAAAUGAUCAUAUUUUUCUGAGCAUCUCUAUUUAGUAUAGCAUUUAUAUAACAGAUAUAGUAACAAUAUCAGCAUGAGUAUGUCCAGCUUUUGGAGGAGCCAUUGUGGGGCAGGGAUAGCAAAGAAGCAACUAAUCAAUCUUAUAAAGCCAUUGCAUAUAUCUUCAUAUCUUUGAAUUAUUUAUUUCCAGUUUGUCUACAGCUAUUUGUACUUUUUAAUAAACUUAUGCAUAACUAUUUUGCAUAAUAACCCAUUGCUGCCAAGUCGAUUCCAACUCAUAGCGACUCUAUAGGACAGAGUAGAACUGCCCCAUAGGGUUUCUAAGGAGCACCUGGUGAAUUCGGACUGCCGACCUUUUGGUUAGCAGCUGAACUCUUAACCACUACGCCACCAGGGUUUCUGCAUAUUAAUUAGGCGAUAGUUAACUAGAUCUAGUUCUACCUCAGGCCUGUAAUUUUCCAUUGAUAUCACAUCCUGAGGAGUUGUUAAUUCAAUUCCCAAUACAUUUGAUUAUCAAUAUCUUUAUUAUCAUAUGGCUUAUUUACAUAAGACAAAAUCAGCAAUGCCAGUGUUACAUCAUAUCACAUUAUGGUUAUGGUACAAUUCAGCUUCAUUGCACAAGUCAGUAAGAAUUAGAGAACUAUUUAUUACGCCUUCUCAACAGAACUAGCUCUUGCCCAUAAAAUAGAUGUAAUUAUGGAUAUGCAUUGCCACAAUUGGCCAGGAUUUGGCUAUUUCCAGGUUCCAAGUCAGGUAGAGACAAAGCCAAUCAUCUUGUCUCACUCUGUUCACAUGAUUGUACUGAAACUGUUUCCACUGUGUGCUGUUAUAUAACAGGGUCUGUUUCCCUCCUGUGGGGAGUGCAAGGGUUUAAUUCAGACGGUUCCUAUUCUUGCUAACUGCAGUACAGAGUAUAUCUUAUUGUGAUAUUCGUUCUUGGAGUGAGGUCAGACAGAGUGCAUUAAUACUAAUUACAGUUGUGUUCAAAAACUUCCAUAAGUUUGGGGGGCCAUAAGAUUUUCAGGGUGUGCCCAAGGAUGAAGGGUCAUUGCCUCUUGGGCCUCCAUCUGUUUUUAAACAGUCAAGAGACAUUGUUGGGUCAGGAUACAAGCCCUUUCCCAACACUGAGUCCUAGCAUUGUCCGGAGUUAUUCAUUGAUUCUACCUGACUCAAUUCUGAUUCCUAUCCUUUUCCUUCCUCCUGGAAAAGUAUUCCUUCUAAUUGGUCUAUUCUAGCUAACAAAUCUUUUUCUUCUGAAUACCACUCAUUAAAAAUGAAUUCAGUUUGUUCUGCAAUGCCUAAACUGGCACCUAUAUCUUUAAAAGCUCUAUUCUGACUUGUGGGCCAAUGUUGUCUAAUCUGCCAGGCAUUUUGCUGCCAUUGUGUAAUAAAGGCCCAAGUGCAGUUAGGUUACAUGCUGUGUACCCAAAAAUAUUGGGUCUCCAUACUGAGGUUAGAUGGUGUCUUAGUCAUCUAGUCCUGCUGUAACAGAAAUACCAGAAGUGGGUAGCUUUAACAAGCAAAUUUAUUUCUUCACAGUAAAAUAGGCUAAAAGUCCAAAUUCAGGGUGUCAGCUUCAGGGGAAAGCUUUCUCUCUGUCGGUCUUCUCAUCAGUCUUCCCCUGGACUAGGAGCUUCUCUGUGCAGGGACCCCCAAGUCCAAAGGACAUGCUCUGCUCCCAGCAUUGCUUUCUUGGUGGUACGAGGUCCCCCGUCUCUCUGCUCGCUUCUUACUUGUAUAUCUCAAGAGAUUGGCUCAAGACACAAUACUGUCUUGUAGAUUGAGUCCUGCCUCACUAACACAACUGCCGCCCAUCCUCCCUCAUUAACGUCAUAGAGGCAGGAUUUACAACACAGAGGAAAAUCACACACAAUACUGGGAGUUGUGGCCCAGCCCAAUUGAUACACACAUUUUUGGGGGGACCUAAUUCAAUCCAUGACAGAUGGGUAGUAGUCACACCUAGAUGUAAUUUACUCUGAAUACGCCAUGAAGGGCCCCUGUAGCCUUCCUUGUCUGAAGGUUGGAUCAUUUCCUGUGGAGAUUUGAGCCAACCAUGUGAUGGCUACUGCCUUACUCUGAUUAGAAACCCAUUGUUUCUAUUUUAUUUAAUAGCUUCCACCCGCAGAAACACAGCACACUAUGGCAUUACGGCAUGCAGCUGCUAUAUUUUGUCCAUAAUAGACAGAAACCUUUCUAAGUAUUUGGUUAUCAAGGAUUACAGUUACAAAGAGAUCAGUCUGCCAAAAGUUGUAUACUGCAUGGUUUGAUGAUCUGGCAAAGAGUAAUUCCUCUGAAAAGUUCUUUCCCAAAUGAUAUCCUUUAUAGCAGAUGUAAUUUGAAAAAUCAUAAUGAGUCAGAACCGACUCAAUGGCAACUAACAACAGCAAUGUGAAAAAUAAUAAUAAAAAAAAAAACUGGCACAUUACUAGGAUUCCAUCAACAAUUGGUCCUGUUUAUCAUCAUAGUGUGUGAACAGAAUGUUUUCCAGUGUGAUGCCACUCACGUUUGCAGACUUCCAUCCGACCUUGACAAGUACUAAAAGUAGAGGUAGUCUCAGCAAACAUAGAACUUCAGCCUUUCAAGCAUCUGUUAUAACUGUGCUAAGAGACAAUAUUAUUCUCUUGCUAUGAGCCUCUCUUGAGGAACCAGUGUAAUGUUGGCUUUCCUUUGUUGCGUAAGCCAUUUAAUUUCUUUACCUUCAGCUACUAUUUUUCUUUCUCUCUACUUGUCAUUGAUUUUAACUCAAACCUUUCUGUCUUUGGAAGGAACAUUAAUUUCAGUGGCAGUGCUAGCCCAGAUUGCUUGCAGCAGCAAUGAGUCUAGCAAGUGCUUCCCCUUUGGUCCAUUCCUAUUGGUAUAGAGUAAGAUUACACAAAACACUACUGGGCUAUCUUGGCCACUAAGCAAUAUAGCUGCAGUCAUUGUCAAUCCCAGUUUUGCAAUAUGGGGUGAAGAUAUAAUCCAUUCCAAUGGGUACUUAUAUAUUCUGGUAUAAAGGUUGAAAAGUUUAAUUUCAAUUUCUU